AAAUGAAUGAUACGGAUUGGUUGAAUGGAGAUCUGUCAGAGGAGGUGUUGAGCGAAGAUGUUUCUGCUUCUUGUGUGAAUGUUUCGAAGGGACUUAUAAGUAAUAUGGGAGAUAAUCCUUUUAACAGGAAAGUAAAGGGCAAACAGUUGCUUGAGAACUCUCAUCUCUCUAUAAGACAUAUGCCAGAGUUUAAAGACUUUGCUGAUGAAAAAUUCUGAAAUAAAAAACUUCUCUGCAAAGGCAAAACAAAAACAUUUUUAAACUCUUUUGCUUCUCAAAGCUGUCCUCGUCAAUCGAAACUCCAAACUGAGAUAAAGGACUUGCUCCACAAAAUGAUCAAGCUCAAGAGUUCUCCUAUGUCGACCCCUUAUUCUCUCAAGGCUUCGAAGAAGUCCAGUACCAUUCCUCUCUGUGAAGAAGCUUUAGUGACUGUAAACGACAUCCAAAGCAGAGAAUAACUUGUUAAAAUCCUUAAAUAAUUAUUGCACAAUAAUCAAUUAC